CAAAGGUAAAUUUUGCGGCGAGUCACGAGUCAAUUCACUCAUCGGUUGUUGUUGAGAUAAAUUCAAUGGGUGUGUCGCGGUAUAACGUAGCAACAUGUAGUAUUACGUCGUGAAAAGCUUUGCGUUAACUUAAUGGCCUUGCCAAAUGCCCCAUAGCCCAGCCUUUACUCUACCGUGGUGUAAAAAAAGUACUUACCUGUCCACGUAAUGUUUACUGUCAGGUGGGGAUUUUAAAAUAUAUAUAGAUGUGAAAAAUAAAAAGACGCAUGCAUAAAGACUCUGAAUAUUUCUUCUGACAGUUGUUAACAAGUUUCGUUAAGGAAUAAUACAUUUUUUACACAAUGAAUACGAUUUUUAUAGCAAUAUUGGUGAGCGCAAUAUCACUAAGCAGUGCUAUAGAUAAUCCAGAAUCAUCGAAACUUAUAUCGGAGAGUAAACCAUCUGCGGGAACGAAAGAUCUCGAGACGUCUGCCAGUGAUAGAUUUUUCCUGGGAGCCAAAGAUUACUCUACUUAUGGUAGUGCUUACAAUUACGGAAGUUACCCCGGUUCUUACUACAAUAACUACAAUGGUUACUAUCCAUCAUCAAACUCAGUAUAUCGUGGAUAUCAAUCAGGUUUGAGCGGGAUACUCGGAACUAGAAACAGAUAUAAUGGAUACGGUGGUGGAUAUGGAUACGGCAAUGGAUACGGGUAUGGUAAUUAUGGUUUAGGAGGAUCAGUAUACAAUGGAUAUGCCAACGGUGUUGGUUACGGUACUGGACUGGGUGGAAUUGGAGUUGGAUAUGACGAUAGCCUAAAUGGUCGGGGUUACAAUCGUUGGAACAUCAUUGACGGGAAUUAUGGUGGCUAUUACAGUGGUGGAUACGUCAAUCGUCCGAACGAUAAUCUAGGAUACUCAGGAUACUCAGGAUAUGGUUUAGGAUCUGGCAAUCAUCCCUAUCGUGGAAUCGGUUCUUAUUCUUACAACAGUUACCCUUCAGGCUACCGAGGGUACUCGUAAUAAUUAUCCAACAAACUUUGGAUAAUCCUCUCUCUAUAUUUUAAAUAUCAAAUUACAAAUUUAUAUACUUUUUACAAAUAUACUAUUAUUAUUGGUUGUUUAA